CGCCCCAGAGGGGGGAGAGUGACUGUGUGGGACAGAGCCGACAGGUAGUGAGCGAGGAAGCCCUCGGCAUGGGCGGAGAGAGGAGAGUGCGUGCGGUUCUGCAGUAAGGCAGGAACUUCCACCCUAGAUCUCUCGCACGAGCUCGCUCGCUCGCUGUCGCGCGCCCGCGCGCGCACCUAUGAGGACCGUACUUUGCUCGCCCGGGCUUGCUUUCUGAAACCUGUAGCAUCAGCUAGCCCAAGAGGGACUGAUGGGAAAGGAACGGGGAGCUGUACCCGUAGGGACUCUGCUGGGGCAAAAACAUGACAGACUUCAUCAAGACGUUCUUCACAGGAAAUGUGCCCUUAACAGUUUGGCUUUUGGUACACAUGGGAUUUGGAGCAAGUUGUAGGCGAUUGAAGGAGUGCAGAACCCCUGAGUGGGGCUACAUGAAUGUUAGUGAUGGCAGCACAUUCAUGCUGCAUGGAUCAACUGUGACUCUGCACUGCUCGGCAAAUAGCAGGGGGAACUGCAGUGCAUGGAAGUUGGGCAACAUAUCCAUUUUACUAAAUGACACAGCAGUAAACAGCAGCAACAGCCUGUCAGUCAGCGCACGGGUUUCAUUGCACACACCUGGAAAGCAAACGUUUACAUGCCGAUGUUCAGAUGGAAAGAAGUCACCCCCCAUGCUCAUAUGUGGAAUUUACAUUUUUGUCGGAAUUCCUCCAGAGUGGCCGAGAAAUGUAUCCUGCAAUCAGUAUGGAAAAAAUGGAUCAACUACGUGCUCUUGGAUUAAAGGACGUGAUACUUACCUUCCUACUUCAUAUACAUUACAGCUAACAAAUGGAACAUUUCUGGAAGAGAUUGGUGCUGUAGAGAAUCUCAGUUCGGUGGAUCUCAAAGUAAACCUGGACCCUGAAUCAACCUACACAGUUGUGGUCAUUGCCAAAAAUGAACUGGGAAAUGCAUCUUCCCAGCCAAUCCAGUUCACCUUAAUAGACAUAGUGAAGCCUUAUUCUCCAGUGAAUCUCUCAGUAAAAUUUGAUGGCUUUACUGCAACCAGUUGCACCGUUUUGUGGCACGAUGAACAAGAGACGCAGCGCUUCAGUUUAAGAUACCAGCCUGUUCACAGUAAUUCCUGGCAUAUGCUUCAAAACAUAAGCACUAGAAGAUAUGAUCUACAUGGCCUGAAGCCAAAUAUAGAAUACAAAUUCCAGGUCUCUAGUAGGUUCCUUGCCAACAGAGGCUUAUGGAGUGACUGGAGCAUGCCAUUUCAAACAGAGGCAGGUAAUGGAAGAAGCAAUAGAGUUUCAACAAUAGCUCAGGAAGCAAGACACAUAAUCUUUAGGACUUCGUGGUUUCUCUUAAACUUAACAAAACGUUACUAUAAUUAUACUGUAGGCCUAUUUUCAUUUCACCCAGUGCCCUCUGAACCGACUGACAUCUGGUAUUUACAGAAAGAUGCCUCUCCUGAAAUGCAGAACAUAACUCUUUUUUGGAAGGCAACAAAUAUGUCACAACAAAAACAAAAAGGCCGUUAUAGAGUGACUUUUCAGGCCCUAAACCAGGUGGAUCAAAGUGUGGCAGAAACAAAUUCUACAGUGUAUACGGUUUUCUCAAGACUCAUUCCCAGGACAAACUAUAACAUAACAAUUUGUUCUUACAACUCACGGGGAAUGUCCCACCCAGUCUCCAUCACUGCUAAAGUAGGAAUGACAGAUUUGCCACUGCCUAACCAUCUCUCUGCUACAUCAGUGGAGAAUGGCAGCAUCGUUGUUACUUGGGAAGCGCCUCUCGCCUCUUCCCUUUUUAUCAGUGAAUAUGUAGUGGAAUGGGCAGAACACCAUGAUGGAAAUUCCAUGAAAACCCACUCAUCUUGGCUCAAAGUCUGUGGUCACAACUUUACAGUAACAAUAGAAAAUCUAAAGCCUAAUGUGUGCUAUCAAAUCAGUGUGUUUGCACUGUAUCAAAGCAGAGCAGGGAAAGCAUCUUCCACUACAGGAAAUGUGUCAGCAAAAGCCCCGUUAACAGGACCUCACAUUAAUACAACAGUAAAAGAUGGGAGGAUUUUGGUCUCCUGGAGGGAGAUUCCACCUGAUGAACAAAUGGGCUGCAUUGUUAGCUACAAGAUAUACUUACAAAAACAAGCUGCUGCAAUGCCCCCUGACAUCUACAAUAUCACUACAACAACCUCACAGCCAUUUCCAAUAAAAAACAUACAGACUGGUGCUGAAUAUGCUGUAUGGAUGACAGCUUCCACAAUGGCCGGAGAGAGCCCUAAUGGGAAUGAAGAAAUAAUUUAUAUACAAAAUGCACCUGACUGGGGUCCUAUCCUGUCCAUUUGCAUUAUGGCUCUUUUAGUUUGCGUCUGCUGCAUACCAUCUGCUAGGAGAAAACUUCUUUCACUCUUUCGUGACCUGCCAUAUGGGUUGCAGGGUAAAGGCAUUCCAGAUCCAGCCAAUUCUUCAUGGGCUAAAGAAGUCAAAUCUAAAGAGGAUGAGGCAAUCUUACAUCCUGCGCAGUUCCUAGACAGUCCAAACACCUUUGAAGAACCCGAAACUCUACAAAUAGAGGAAGUCUUCAUAAAAAGGCAGUAUCAAGAUUUGAAGGAUGUGCCUUACUGCAGAAAUACAAGGAAAAGAGAAAAACAUAACUACCCGACAGGCACCAUUUUGCAGGAAGAGUAUCCCACUGUGAAAAGUCUAGACUACGAUCCUUUGAGCAUCAAAAGAGCGGGUAACACUGAUAUGCACCAGCCACCAUCUUUGUACAAAAAGGUUGUGCCUGGAGAACCAAAUCAAGGUCAGGUAUUUUCUGAAUACCUUGUUAAUCAGCUAGAGGAUGUGACAAUAGAUUAUUUGCCAAAUACUGUGGCCACCACUGUGAACAAUGAUGAAAAUAGCAAUGACUCUGAAUUCAACACAUUAUUUGUUUCCACAAGAACAUUUAUACCACAGACAUUUUCUUUUGAUGGAAAACUUACUCUAGAUGCUAUAAGAAUGGACUGUAUUUCUUUCAAAGACUAAAGCAUCAAUUCUGUACCACCUUAAUCUGGGCGUAAAUUACUCUGAACUCAAAUAUAUAGCAUUCUGCGGUCACAGUCAUGUCCCUGGGAGGGAUGUGCGAUGUAUCCAGCAGUUUCUUCAUGGAGUAACAUUUUUUUUGUAUUCUAAAUGGACAUGUUAGCAUUUAAGCAAGGGAUUAGAGUAACUGCUUCCUAAGUGCCUUUGGAUAUUGUAAGGUUGCUGUCAUCUGUUCUCCCAUCUCCUGUGGGCCAAAUACAAUUUCAGACACUAAAACACAUCAGUUUUUUCAAGUUUCCAGUACAGGAAGAACACAAUUUAUCCAGGAUGUUUUCAGUGAAAUAAAGUUGUUCAUCCUAUAUACUAGCAAAAAUAAUAAACUGAAUCAUUCCUGUCUACAA